AGGUACGAGCGAGUCCACAGUCGAAAGCUCGUCAGUUGUUAAGGCUGGAACGCUGUAACCCGCUCUCUCAAGCACACCCUAAUCAGGUCUCCGAAUGCCGCCGAAAGCGCCGAAUUUGAAGUUCAAACCGAAGCUCGUGUUGCGUGAGGAUGACACAACCCUUCGUCCCCUCGCUCCGCCGAGCACCGAUGACUUAAGUCUCGUCCAGCUGGCCCGUCUGCAGGGCCUUUACGUUGACGAGGAGCACGUGCGGAGCACGGCAGAUACUGGCGGGGGUGCAGGACAGCCGCCAACGCCGGCGCCAACGCCCGCAUCUCCGUCCAGCGCACAAGGCGGGCCACCUGGACGUGGGGGAGGUGGCAGCCGUAGUGGGGGCGGUUCAUCUCGCCGUGGAGCGAACUUUGCCAACGAAGAGGAGAGCGACGAGGCGCAGGGUUCCUCUGCGCUGUUGCGGCCCAAGGCGGUCCGCGGACACAACCUCAGCGCCCACGCCGCCCUUCAAGAGGCCUCCCGCCGUCAGGUGGACCUCUCCGACUUCCCCGAGACCGCGCCACCGUUGCCGGUGAACUCGAUGAACACCAUUGUGUCCCCUGCAAUGGCGCGACAGGGCACCGCCCUGCACACGACCCUGUACCCGCCGCUACCGCUGGACGCCUCACUGCCGUCGCGGCUGGCGGCAGAGGCGGGGAGUGAAGUGUGCGCUGUGGGGGAUGGUGCUACGCUCACCCCAUCACUAACAGCAGCAACGGAGAAUGCAACCCCGCUCGAUGUGGACGGCACCGCCUUCUUGCGUGAGGCAGAACGAGAGCAGCAGCGCGCGUACGAGGCGAAUGCGCGUUUCUUCGAGGAGCACCUUCUCCCUACGCAGCAAAUGAACACCACCGUCGCGGCGGCUGGUGGUGCUGGGGUGCCAGGGGAGCUCAUUUGGAUGCAGCUCCCACGCUUUCACGAGAAUCCGCCCUUCUCCUUUACGGACCUUCCCCCUGGGAAGGUGGGGGAGUUGAAGGUGCUGCGCAGCGGUCGCAUGGUGAUGGAGAUUGCCGGGGUGUACUACGAUGUGUCCGUGGAGGGGUAUGAUGACGUCGGCAGCGAUGGCGCCUGUGCCAUGGCGGUGGCGACUCAGCCGUGCCCGUACCCCUCGGACCCCACCUCGCAGGCCAGUUGCUAUGAACUGGGGCUGUUGCAGAAGAAGCUCAUCUGCACCCCAACGCUUGAAUGA